AUGUCGUUCGCCCCGCCGCCCGGCCCUCCGACCCCUUCUGUCCCUGAAGGAUGGAAGGCUCAGUAUGAUGACCGCUAUAAUCAGUGGUUCUUCGUAAACCUACGAACUGGUCGAUCACAAUGGGAACGUCCCGAAGGACCGCAUAAAGCAGAACCAGAAAUACAUGGACCACCGAGCGAGCCGCCACCGUCUUACGAUGCGUCGGGUCCUGCUGACUCCUCUUCACGUGACAAGAAACCUCUUGAUUCGAGGAACACAUACAUUUCACCAGAAUCCGGGCACCAUAAUCUAGAUGACGAUGCUCGGCUUGCUACUCAGCUACAGGUGGAGGAGAAUGCUCGAGCUCGUCGCAGGAGCCCGGCGAACUCGGGCGGUGCUGCAUCUGACUACUACACCGAUGGUUCUCGGAGACAAACCGCUGGAUAUCCGUCCUCGGAACCACAAUCGCAGAACCCUUCUCCUGGACCGGCUCAGCAGCGUAGCAAAGGGUUCUUCAGCAAGUUAAAAGGAAAAGUCGCCGGUAAUAGCGGCGCGUCAUUCCCUCGGCCGCAGCAACCCGUACCGCAACAGUCAUAUGGCUACCCUCAAGGCGGGUACUACUACGGUGGUGGCGCUGGUUAUGCUCCGCAACAGACAGGGUAUGGUUACCCAUCAUAUCCACCACAGGGUGGCUUUUACCCAACCCAACAACAGCCGCAACAGCGACGGCCUGGGAUGGGCACCGCGGGGGCUGCAGCUUUAGGUGUUGGAGGUGGGCUUCUUGGUGGCAUGCUGCUCGCUGAUGCUUUGGAAGACAUGUCGCACGAUUACGGUCCUCCCCCAGGUGAUUAUGGGGAUGAUUAUGGGGGUGACUUUGACGGUGGUGAUGACUUCGGCGGUGAUUUCUAA